AUGAAUAAAAUUGUUUUUUUAAUCCUUGCUUCCGCAUCCAUUUUGAAUGCAGAAAAAUAUGCUCAUAGGCGAGACGGAUGUCCAACAGAUAUCGCACCAUGUUCAUGCAUUAACAGUGUUCUAGAAUGUUCGAAGAUUUUUGAGCCUUAUCUUUUGGAAAAUGUUUUUGAGAAGUCUGUUGGAUACUCUUACAAUGAGGUGCAUUUGAAAUACUCAGUUCUUCAGUACUUACCAAGCGAGGUGUUCAAACAAGUUCCAGUGAGAAAUUUGUACUUGAAAAAUGUUACUCUCAUUGCAAUGUUUGAUGCUCCUGUUAGUACAAUGGAUUCAUUGGACAAGAUUCAUAUUGAGGAUUCCAUUAUUACAAGACAAGAAUGGGAUCUUCUUGCCCCUAUGAAACAGUUGAGACUUCUUACGAUCUAUUCAUCCAAAAUUCCACGACUUGAGGAAGAUUUUGGCGAAAACAUGCCCAGUAGCUUGGAGCAAAUUACGUUUUAUGGAACAGAAACGAAAACACUAAAAGAAGGAGUUUUCCGUGGAUUAUCUUCUCUGAACAAAAUUGCCAUUGAUGCUGCUUACUUAACAGAGCUAAAAAGAACGUAUUUUCCUGUACCAUUCAAUGUCAAAGUUCUGUAUUUCAAUGACAAUAAAUUAACAUUUAUUCCUGAUGACUUGUUCACGCAAAUGCCUUACUUACAGACAGUGGGACUGAGACAAAACCAACUCAUCACCAUUCCGGCAGCAGCAUUUGAAGGCAGAGCAUCUAGAAUCACUUACGUCGUGUUAGAAGAAAAUCCACUGCUUUGUGAUUGUCAGCUGUCUUGGUUGAUCAAAGACAAACCUAAAGUACUGUCAGGGACCUGUGCGAUGCCUACCAAACUUCAAGGUCAAGCAUUGAAGGAUCUGACGCUUCAGGAUUUGGGCUGCCUCUGA